AUGUACAUCACCCUCUACUACAUAGUCACCCGGCUCCCUGACUCCCUUCGCUUAGUCAGGGACCACUUCCUCUCAGUUUGCCCCACCACACUCACCGUUGACCUCCUAGAGGAGCGCCUCCUAGCAGCAGAGAAGAGCAUAGUUGCUGUAGGAGCCUCUCGUGGUGACCCUCGCACCCCCGUCUUUGAGGGGUGGUCCUCUUCCCCCCUCUUGCCCUCUGUUGCUUCUGCUGCUGCGGCCGACCUUGUUGGUUUCGAGUCGGUCGGCGCUGCGUCUACCCCUAGCGGGAGAUGCCGCACCGGCAAGGGCAAGGGAGGCAAGGGCGCUGGAGGGGCUGGCGAGGGCAGUGGAACAAUGGAGGUGGAGGAGGCGGCGGCGGUGGCGGAGGGAGCAGAGGCGGCGGAGGUGGCGGAGGCGGCGGAGGUGGCGGAGGCGGCGGCGGCAGCGGUGGAGCUGGCCGCGGCUCUGCACAGAGGAGUGGCUCCGGUGGUGAGCGGUGUGGGUACUAAUCCCUGCACCUACGUCCUCCAUACCGGCGACCACGCUGGUGAGCAGUGCGGGGGCCCGCACUCCACCCAGCGCUGCUUCGGCCGCAUGACGGACGCGUGGCGUCACCAGUUCUCUGACGCCACUGGGAUCCCUUGCUCGGGAGAGCUGUCUAGGGCGGGGGUUGCUAUCUUUGAUCUUGAUUAUGAUGCUAUUCUUGCUGCCAUGUAUGUUGUGUCUGAUAGUGUUGAGGGUGACUGUUACCUGUGUCUUCAGCCUGACCUGGGCAUUGAGGCUGCUGCUCUAGGUGCUGGUAAGGCUGCUGCUCAAGGUGCUAGUGCGUCUGCUGCCCCAGGUGCUUGUGAGUCUGCUUUCUCAGGUACCACGUCGGCUCAGGCCUUACACACCUUCACCCUUGACUCGGGUGCUUCCCGCUCCUUCUUUCGAGACCGCACCACGCUUACAUCGCUUAGUCGACCGGUUGCGGUCUCCCGAGCGGACCCCUCUGCGGGUCCUGUCCUUGCUAGCUUCUCCACUGUCUUAACGUGCCCAGCAGCCCCCUCUGGCACCCUGUCAGGUCUCUACCUCCCCUCGUUCUCUACAAACUUUAUAUUUGAGAUGAUCUAUAGGAUAGGGGGGUUGACCAGCUCACUCUUGUGA